AUGUUGCAGCCCACACAGGCCUACAUCUACCUGAAGCUGAAACUUCUCUCCGGCUCCUUUGUAUUUGCAUACAGCAACUUCAUCCUGGCCAACGCUCAAGUUUCCAAAGGCUUUCCUAUUGUCUACUGCUCCGAUGGCUUCUGUGAGCUCACAGGAUUUUCCCGGGCAGAGGUCAUGCAGAAGAGCUGCGCCUGUAAGUUCCUCUACGGACCCGAGACCAGCGAAAGUAUCAUCCUCAGCAUCGACGAGGCCUUGGAGGAGCGCAAGGAGUUCAAGGACGAGAUCAUGUUCUACAAAAAGACCGUCGCUCUGUUCUGGUGCCUGCUGGACAUUGUUCCAAUUAAAAACGAGAAGGGAGACGUGGUGCUCUUCCUGGCUUCAUUUAAGGACAUCACAGACACCAAAGCUAAAGUCAUUCAAGAGGACAAGAAGGAAGAGCGACGGCGUGGCAGGGUGAAAACAGGCUCUCAGUUCAGCUCGGCUCGUCUCCGCAGCAGCACAGUUCUCUACCACAUCUCUGGUCACCUGCACAGCAGAGAGAAGAGCAAGAUCAAACUCAACAAGUCUUUUCUGGACCAGAAUGUGUUUGGGGAUCCGCCCGCUCUGCCAGAAUACAAGGUAGCAGACGCCAAGAAGUCCAAAUUCAUCUUACUGCACUACAGCAUGUUCAAAGCCGGCUGGGACUGGCUGAUUUUGCUCGCGACUUUCUACGUUGCCGUGACGGUGCCAUACAACGUGUGCUUUAUCGGCGACGACGACGACCUGACGCGCAGCACCACCGUCAGUGACAUCGCUGUGGAGAUACUGUUCAUCAUAGACAUAGUUUUCAAUUUCCGCACCAGUUACGUCAGCAAAUCCGGCCAAGUGAUCUUUGAGGCCCGGCAGAUCUGCAUCCACUACCUGACCACGUGGUUUAUCAUCGACCUGGUGGCUGCAUUACCCUUUGACCUGCUCUAUGGCUUCAGAGUCAGCGUUGUGUCUGUGGUCCACCUGUUGAAAACAGUGCGUCUGCUGCGUCUUCUGCGACUUCUCCAGAAGAUGGACCGCUACUCUCAGCACGGAACGGUGGUCCUCACACUGCUGAUGUCUAUGUUUGCCCUGCUGGCUCACUGGAUGGCCUGCAUCUGGUACAUCAUUGGCAAGAUGGAGAUAGAGGCCAACUCCUACAACUGGGACAUUGGGUGGCUUCAUGAGCUGGGGAAGCGUCUGGACUCCCCGUACAUUACCUUAGUAGAUGGCAACAGCACCAGCAAUGGACCGUCCAUCCGGAGCGUCUAUGUUGCUUCUCUCUACUUCACCCUGAGCAGUCUGACCAGCGUGGGCUUUGGCAACGUGUCGGCGAACACUGAUGCAGAAAAGAUCUUCUCUAUUUGUGUGAUGCUCAUCGGAGCACUGAUGCAUGCUCUGGUCUUUGGUAACGUGACGGCCAUCAUCCAGAGGAUGUACUCUCGCUGGUCUCAGUACCACACCCGAACUAAAGACCUCAAGGACUUCAUACGCGUCCAUCACCUGUCGCAGAGUCUCAAGCAGCGAAUGUUGGAGUACUUCCAGACAACCUGGUCGGUCAACAACGGCAUCGACUGUAAUGAGCUGCUGAAGGACUUCCCAGACGAGCUGCGAUCCGACAUCACCAUGCACCUUAACAAGGAGAUCCUGGAACUGUCGCUGUUUGCCUCCGCUAGUCGUGGCUGCCUGCGAUCCCUGUCUCUGCACACUAAGACCUCCUUCUGCACCCCUGGGGAGUACCUCCUCCGACAGGGAGACGCACUCCAGGCCAUAUUCCUUGUCUGCUCCGGGUCUAUGGAGGUGCUGAAGGAAGGCAUGGUGCUGGCCAUCCUGGGUAAAGGAGACCUGAUCGGAGCAAAUGUGUCCUUAGACGACCGGGUGAUUAAAACAAAUGCCGACGUGAAAGCUUUGACCUACUGUGACCUGCAGUGUAUCAGCCUGAAGGGCUUGUACGAGGUGUUGGACCUUUACCCCGAAUACUCCCACCAGUUUGUGCAGGACAUUCAGCCGGACCUCACGUACAACCUGAGAGAAGGACAAGAGACACACGUUAAGGCCAAAGUGACCACAAUGGCACUAGACGCCCAGUCAGGGGUGAGGAGAAACGGGCAAGUGGUGCAGGGUUAUCCAUCCAUCAUUGAGGCUCAGGGGGAAGAUGGAGGGGACGGGGAUGAAGAGGACGAAGAGGACAAGGCCACGUCUGUCUCUCUGUCGUCAGAGCAGAACAGAGCCUCCAAACUCAGGGAUGCCAGUGGGAAGUCUCUGCUGAGCCGCCCCAGCCAAAAGACCACGGGGCAGGGCCUCAGGAGUUCUGGAAAGAAGAUCCAGGAAAUUAAUCUUGCCAAUUUAGAUCCAUCCAACCUCAGCCCCAGGGUUGUGGACGGUGAUGAGGACAGUGAGGGGACAGAGAGUUCCCCGGCCUUCUCCUUCUCCAUCCCCCGUGGUUUUCCUGUCACCGAACCCACCAGUGCCUCGGCUUCUGCCACAGAUAUGCUGCAGAUCAGCACAGCAGAAUUAGCAGCGAAAGCAGAAGAGACCAGGGGACAACUGCGACAUCUUGACCAGCAGGUCAGCACUCUGGGUAAGGAAGUGGCUGAUCUUGGACAAGUCAUGAAGAGAAUGGUCCACCUGAUGGAGACACUCAUGUCAUCAACGCCACCCCCUUCCUUGGACUGCAAAGCACACUUUUCUGCGGGUCACCACUCAUUCCUGCCCUACGUGACCCCUCCUCAGUCCUGUCCUCCUCAGACUUCCUCAGUCUGGACAGAUACACCCGUGUCAUUGCCUUCUUCUCCGCUGACUACUCCACACCAACAUGGUGCUGUAUGCAACCUCGACUCCCAUACGCACAGACCCCUAGAUCUGGACCUGGGAUACGCUGCUAUCCCUAUGCAGCCUCACAUGCCUUCCUUAUCCUUCAGCUCACCAGAGAUUUCCCAUCACACAGACAGGGUUCACAGCCCCAUCAGGUCAAGGGUGCACAGCCCACCUCCGCAGGACGGAGGAGAUGAGGGCCCUCCACAGAGUUCUUUAGAGUGUUCUCCACAAACUGGACAAGCGCAGGGACAUCUCAAGCCAGCCGAGGGUUUGUAGCAGCCCUCGGUAUCUGCGGGCUUUUUUUCCAGGACACUAAGCUGAUCAACUGAGGUCCCCUCAUAUUUACUACAGGACAUUUGCAGGGAUGCAACUCAGAUUACUUUUGUUUAAAAGGCACGUAUUUAAAAAAUAAAAUGAAAAAAAAAAA